AUGGCUAGCAGUCGGUCAGUAAGCUUUCUUUCAUGGAUCAGAGCGUUCCAUGUGUACCAAUGGUGCUGGGCUGCCCAAAAUGGGGAAACGUUGCAACUUGUACCAGAACCUGACAACCCAAAGGACAAAAAUGCGGUUUCUGUCAUCAAGAAUUACCGAGUUGUGGGGCACGUACCAUUGAGGGUGCCCAACACAAAAGAAGGUGUAGGACUUUUGUGACAUUUUCUUGCAAAGCCAAGAACCAGCAGAAUAGUCAAAAUAUGUGGGAAGGCCGUGAAUCAAGGAGGAGGAUUAGGAAUCGAAGUCCCUUGUCAAUACAUUUUCACUCGACCCGACAGAUUGCUUGAACGUCUGGAAAAAUGUUUAGAUCCAACAGAGAAUCCAGCUGUCCGUAAAGAGCCUAGCCUUACAAGGGGCAACACCAAGGUGAAAGCAGGCAAAAAGAGAAAA